AGGCUUUACAUAACAUUGGGUGUCUCGGAUCGCGAAAUACGAAGACGUCUUCGAAGAAAGGUCACACUGGGGCGAUGAAAUCGUGCGACAAAUAUCGCGCUCAAAUAGGUUUAACAAUAGUAAUUUCUCUAUGGUCAUGUUUUACGAUAAAGGCCCAGCGCUUUCCAAUCAACAGCAAGGAGUGCGGCCUUUCCCAACCUCUCGGCAGAGUAAUCAACGGGAGCAUUACAUGGAGGGCUCAAGUGCCAUGGCUGGUUCACAUCUUCGCUGUGUCAAGAAAGGGACAUGGAACCCCAUGUGGUGGAAGCCUUAUAACCCGCGACGUGGUUAUGACAGCUGCUCACUGCGUGUAUAAAACAUUUACUGGGGGAAGAGUAGUCGUCUACUACAACACGACUACACGCUAUGAUGAUAAGCACAUCGACGUGGAACAGGCAGUGAUUCACCGGAAGUACAAGCACUUGGACUCUGGAUAUAACAUCGCGUUAUUAAAGCUGGCUCGUCCUUUAAUGCACUUUGACAGCUUCGUAAGGCCUGUUUGUCUGCCAAAACAAGGUGAACGUACCAAAGCAAGGAAAAUGGUAAUAGCAGGAUUUGGUGAUACCGAUAUGCACCAUGGGCCGCCGGAUCGAAUAUUCUACUACAGGGCGAAUGUUUUAUCGGACUCUAGUUGUGCCCAUGCCAUUUCUAAGCAAUGGUGGACUAUUUCGCCAAGGGUUCGAAAACUGUUCAUGUGCAGCAAGAACAGCCGCGAAACGGCGUACCAGGGUGACUCUGGAGACCCUGUGACGACGUACGUUGGGGGGAAGUCUGUUCAAUACGGAAUCGUGACUUUCGGACAGAAGAAGAAUCGCGGUCUGGCACCUGUUGUACAUACGCGGGUUUCUAUGUUUAUUAAAUGGAUCAAUAAGGUGCUCCAGAAACUAGACUAAUAGAAGAGCUUCCACUUAGCCUCAAAAUCAUGGGACGCCUCAAAUUUUCUUGAAAUUGGCGCAUGAAUAAAGAAGCGGAGCAGAAUAA